GCAUUCCACUUUGCUCCAUUGCUUCACCCCGGGCCUUGGCCAGUGGACCUGCCCUGAAGCAUUAGAAGACUAGACGCGCGCGGUGGCGAGAACCUUCCACCGGGUGGGCGGCUUCUACCCACCGAGCGUUCAGGAACUAGAGAUGCCAUUAGGCUGUCAUUUUAUCCAAUGUGAGAAGUCAGCCCAGAGAUGGAAAACUUUAUUCUGUAUGAAGAGAUUGGCCGAGGAAGCAACACCAUUGUUUAUAAAGGGCGGCGGAAGGGAACAAUCAAUUUUGUAGCUAUUCUUUGUACUGAUAAGUGCAAAAGGCCUGAAAUAACCAAUUGGGUCCGUCUCACCCAUGAAAUUAAACACAAGAAUAUCGUAACUUUUCACGAAUGGUAUGAAACCAGCAAUCAUCUCUGGCUAGUGGUGGAACUCUGCACAGGUGGUUCCUUAGAAAUGGUUAUCGCUCAAGAUGAAAACCUCCCAGAAGAUGUUGUGAGAGAAUUUGGGGUUGACCUCAUUACUGGAUUACAUCAUCUUCAUCAACUUGGCAUUCUCUUUUGUGACGUUUCUCCUGGCAAGAUACUCUUGGAAGGGCCUGGCAUGUUGAAGUUUAGUAAUUUUUGCUUGGCCAAAGUGGAAGGUGAAAAUUUGGAAGAGUUCUUUGCUUUGGUGGCAGCAGAAGAAGGAGGAGGUGAUAGCGGGGAAAAUGUACUGAAGAAAACCAUAAAAAGUAGAGCCAAAGGAUCUCUUACAUAUACAGCGCCAGAAAUUUUGAGGGGUACUGACUUCUCCAUCACCAGUGACCUCUGGUCUUUGGGCUGUCUGCUUUAUGAAAUGUUUUCAGGAAAACCUCCAUUCUUCUCAGAAACUUUUUCAGAAUUAGUUGAAAAGAUUUUUUAUGAAGAUCCUUUGCCACCUAUUCCAAAAGAUCCUUCUCUUCCUAAAGCUUCUUCAGAUUUUAUUAAUUUGCUUGGUGGCUUACUUCAAAAAGAUCCUCAGAAAAGAUUAACUUGGGCAGGCCUACUGCAGCAUUCAUUUUGGAAGGAUGCCUUCACUAGGAAAGAUCAGGAAUCAAGCACUGAGGAUUCCAACGUCAGCAGGAAAGUGAUGGAGCAUUCUGGGACACAAGAUUCCAAGGAGUUUUUGAAGCCUCCGAGCGGACAAGCCAAGGGGGAGAAGAGUGGUCACCGACUAAGUCACUCUUUCAGGCUAGAGAAUCCAACUGAGUUGCGGCCUAAAAGUACUGUUGGGGGUCAACCGAAUGAGUCCAUGUUUCUUCUCAGUUCUCGUCCAACUCCAAGAACAAGCACUGCAGUGGGAUUAAGUCCUGGUGAGGAUAGAACUCAGCAUUCACCCCAGAAGACUUCUCCUUUAAUCAAGAAUACAAGUGAAUGCCUGAGUCAGCGGGACCUGGAAUCCCAGAUGAGAGAGCUUAUCUACAUGGACUCUGAUCUUGUUGUCACCCCGAUUAUCGACAACCCAAAGAUAAUGAAACAACCACCAAUUAAAUUUGAUCCGAAGAUACUGCACCUACCGGCACAUUCAGUGGAUAAGUUAGUAUUUCUAAAAGACCAAGAGUGGAAUGACUUUUUGCAGCAAGUGUGCUCACAGAUUGACUCCACUGAGAAGAGCAUGGGGGCCUCCCGAGCCAAGCUCAAUCUCCUUUGCUAUCUGUGUGUUGUGGCUGGACACCAGGACGUGGCCACCCGGCUCCUCCAUUCCCCGCUGUUCCAGUUGCUAAUCCAGCAUUUGCGAAUAGCUCCAAACUGGGAUAUACGGGCCAAGGUUGCUCGGGUGAUUGGUUUACUGGCCUCGCACACAACUGAGCUCCAGGAAAAUACACCUGUUACUGAGGCAGUUACUAUCUUAACUGAAUUAAUUAGGGAAAACUUCAGAAACAGUAAAUUAAAACAGUGCCUCUUACCAACCCUUGGGGAGCUGAUCUACCUUGUAGCCACCCAGGAAGAAAAAAAGAAGAACCCUAGAGAAUGCUGGGCUGUCCCCUUGGCUGCAUACACGGUGCUAAUGAGGUGCCUUCGGGAAGGGGAAGAACGUGUUGUGAAUCACAUGGCAGCAAAGAUUAUUGAAAAUGUCUGCACUACCUUUUCUGCUCAGGCCCAGGGCUUUAUUACAGGGGAAAUUGGACCCAUUUUAUGGUACCUAUUCAAACAUUCCACUGUUGAUUCUCUCAGGAUCACAGCAAUAUCGGCCUUGUGUAGAAUCACCCGUCAUUCUCCUACUGCCUUCCAGAGUGUUAUUGAGAAGGUGGGACUGAACUCCGUGAUAAACUCCCUGGCCUCAGCCAUCUGCAAAGUUCAGCAGUACAUGUUGACCUUAUUUACUGCAAUGUUGUCUUGUGGGAUUCAUCUUCAGAGGCUAAUCCAAGAAAAGGAUUUUGUCUCUACAAUUAUCCGUUUACUUGACAGCCCCUCGACUUCCAUUAGAGCAAAAGCCUUCCUCGUUCUUUUAUAUAUUUUAAUUCAUAACCAUGAGAUGCUGCUGCUCAGCUGCCAAUCAAGACUGGUGAUGUACAUCGAGAGAGACAGCAGAAAGACCACUCCAGGCAAGGAGCAGCAAAGCAGCAAUGAAUACCUGUCCAAAUGCCUGGACCUUCUCAUCCGUCAUAUCGUGCAGGAACUGCCACGGAUCCUGGGUGACAUUCUUAACGCCUUGGCCAAUGUUUCUGGUCGUAAGCACCCAUCAACAGUCCAAGCGAAGCAGCUGAAAAUGUGUCUACCCCUGAUGCCUAUAGUGCUUCACCUGGUAACUUCUCAGGUAUUUCGACCUCAAGUUGUAACAGAAGAAUUCCUUUUCAGUUAUGGAACUAUACUUAGUCAUAUUAAAUCUGUAGACUCAGGAGAAACGAACAUAGAUGGAGCUAUAGGACUGAUGGCAUCAGAAGAAUUUAUCAAGAUCACGUUGUCGGCUUUUGAAGCAAUAAUACAGUAUCCUAUUUUGUUGAAAGACUAUUGCUCUACGGUUGUUGAUUAUAUCCUGCCACCCUUGGUCUCCUUGGUUCAGAGCCAAAAUGUGGAGUGGAGACUCUUUAGCUUGCGGUUGCUCUCAGAAACCACAUCUCUACUCGUGAACCAGGAGGUUGGGGAUGGCAAGAAGGAGGCGAAUGUUGACUUUGACAGCAAUCUUCUGGCUCUCAUUAGAGACGUCUUACUUCCCCAGUAUGAGCACAUCCUCACAGAGCCAGACCCAGUCCCAGCAUACGCUCUGAAACUGCUAGUAGCCAUGACGGAACACAACCCGGCUUUCACCAGACUUGUGGAAGAGAGCAAACUGAUCCCAUUCAUUUUUGAAGUAAUUCUGGAACAUCAGGAGAACAUUCUGGGUAACACCAUGCAAAGUGUGAUUGCAUUGCUCAACAAUCUGGUUGCCUGCAAAGAUUCAAAUAUGAAGCUACUUUAUGAACAAGGGAAAUGUUGAUAAGAAUAUGGAGAAAUCGGAACCCUCAUGCAUUGCUGAUGGCAAUGUAAAACGGUGCAGCUGCUGUGGAAAACAGCCUGGUGAUUCCUCAAAAAGUUAAACACAGAAUUAUCACAUGAUCUAGCAAUCCUGCUCUGAGGUGUAUGCCCCAAAGAAUUGAAAACAAGGACUCAAGCAGAUACUUAAACACAAAUGUUCAUUGCAGCAUUAUUCACAACAGCCAAAGGGUAGAAACUACCCAUGUGCUCAUCAACAGAUGAAUGGAUGACAAAAUGUGGUGUAUACAACAAAAUAUAUGUACAUUGGAAUAUUAUUCAGUCAUAAAAAGGAAUAAAAAUCUGAUAUAUACGACAACAUGGAUGAACUUUGUGAACAUUACCCCAAAUGAAAGAAGCCAGACGCAAAAGGACAAAUAAUAAUAUUAUUUCACUUACGUGAGGCACCUAGAAUAGACAAAUUCAUAGAGUCAGUAGAAUAGCAGUUCCCAGGGCCUGGGAGGAGGGGAAUGGGGAGUUACUGUUUAAUGGGUCCGAAAUCUGUCUGGGAUGAUGAAAAUGGUCUGGAUACAGUGGCAUCGGUUACCCAACAUUGUGAAUGUAUUUAAUGCCACUGAAUUGAACACUUUGGGGUUAAAAUGGCAAAUUUUAUGUUACGUAUAUUUUACCACAACUGAGAAAGAAACCCAGCUGGGAAGGACACACGCCCCUUGGCUCACAGUCCCUGGCAAGAACUGGUACCACGGACACGUCAGGUCGCAGAGAGUUUGGGUGGCGGCGUACCAGACUGAGCAGCCACUUCUCAGUGAUGAUCACACAGUUUGGAAAGAAGAGCAUGAACAUCACAAGAGAUCAAGUUUUAAACGGUUUUUUACUAUAUGUGUAUUUUGCGAGAUGGCAAAUCCAGUUUAGAAGCAACUUCUUGAAACUGUAGGAUCGAAAGAUCCUGAAAAUUUCUUAUCAAAUAUGAACCAAGUAACAGAAAUAUUAAAGUUCCCAGUUUACUAAUUUUAGUGUAGGAAAU